AUGUAUUAAUCAAAUGUUUCAUCGUCAAGUGUAAAAUUUUAGAGUGCAAAACAAUAUCAAUAAGAAUCAAUUAAGGUAAAGGAAUAAUAGGAUUAAACAAUAAAUUCUGAGGGUGAUCUUGAAUCUGAGUUUAAUUAGGAUGUAUUUUCUAAGAAAUAAAAUAAUAAUCAAAAGAGUUAGAAUUUUGAAGUAUCAGAAUAGGAAGUAGUUUCAAUUGAAGCAAAAAAGGAGAUUGUAUAAGUAGAACAAUUAAACACUGAAACAUAUGAAGAGAAACCUUUAAAUUUAAAUUUUGUAGGAAUAGCAUCAAAUCAGAGAUAAAAUCUUUAAACUUAUAAAUCAACAAAUAGAAAGCUAAUUCCAAUAAAUCAACAUAGUCUUAGUUAAUCAAUGAUAUCAAAUAUGACAUAGAAUAACAAAGGAGGAGGAGGGUUUCGUAAAAUAAAUGCUUUCUAUUAUGAUAGAAUAGGAGAUUAACUUAGUUUAAUAAUUAUGGAUAAUAAUAAUGUAAUAAAAUUCUUAGCAAGAUAAACAGUAAUUCCUAUUCUGAUUGGAUUUGUGAUAUUAGUUUUAAUUUUAGUUUUGUAGAAUGAGAUUGGAGAAUAUUGUUUUGUUGAUGGAAUUGAAUGUUCUAGUUAUUGGGUUAGAUUAUGGUCAUUUUUCAAAUAAUAGAUUGUAAGAUUAUAAUUUAUAAUAAACAGCUUUUUAAAUUGGGAAUGAUAUUUAGUAAGGGUCAUAUUCUAUACUAAUUAGUAUUAGGAAAUAGAUUAGUAUAAGCAAAGAAUGGAAGGCCAUUAAUGGAAUAUUUUGUUUUAAUAAUAAUGACAGUUGUAACAGAUUUUUUGAUGAUAUUUUGGGUUGGAUUCAAUGAGGAUUGGCUAUUUAUAAUUUAUAUGUACAUCCUAGGUUUUGUUGUAUUUUUUAAUACAUUUAGGAUGAAAACAUGGCCAAAUUAUAUUGCAAAAGGUUUGAGUUAUUUCUUUUAUGAUUUAACAAUAAUUGGAUUAUUAUUUGCAUGUUUUAAAUUAUUUCCUUACAUAAAAUAAUCAUUUAAAGAUAACAAUUUUAUUGCUUGGAAUGAAUAUUAUAUGUUCGUCUACGCAUUUUUAGAUUUAGGAAUGGAAUUUUUUAUGGAUUUAUCACUUUCUCUAACUAAACAUAGUGAAUUAUAUAUUUAUUAAGGUUAAUUAUUAAUAAUAGGUACAAGAGUUGGGACAUUGAUUUAAGGUGAUAUGAAAAGAUUUGAUUUUUGGUUUUGUUUAUUUUUCUUAAUAAUUUUUAGAAUCAAUAAUAUAUCAAUAGUGUUUACUGUAUUUUUUAGAAGAAUGAUAUAUUAUGCAGUUCCUGAUAGUUUAAAAUAUUUUGUAUCAAUGGAAGAAACAAAUUUAACUAGAAAAGGUAAGAAUGGGGCAUGUUGGGAACAUUUAUUUUGGAUUGUUUAUUUUUAUAUGUUCAUAUUUUCAGGGAGAACUCUUACAUAUUGGGUUUAUGAUAAAUCCUAUAUCUAAAAUGGGUAAUUUGAGACUAAUAUUUGGGAUAGAUAUGAAAAUUCAAAUUAUAUGCCAAUAAUUGUUUGGGCAUUUCUAUUGAUACCUGAAUAUGUUGGAUAUUUAUUGAAUAAAUAAAAGAAUUAUGACAACAUAAAAUUAUUAGGAGGUAAUUAAUUAAAGUUUUAUGAAAACUUAUUCAUUAGAAUACUAGGAGUAUAUUUAUUUAAUUUUGCUUUGAUGAGUAAUUUAAUUUGA